UGAAAAGUCAGGGGCUAAAAUAUAGGACUGGGUGCUGGGCACAGGAGGGUCAAGCAAUGGUUUUGUCAAUAGCUCAAUGUAAGACUUUUUGCCAGCCCACUCAUGAGGGUGCCUUCCCCCAUGCCAACCGGAUCCAACCCAUCAGGAGGUGUGUUGCCUUGCUGGGGUUCAGCAAGGAAAACCCUUCUCUACACCAUGUGGAUUCUGUUUCCAAUGGAGAUGGAGCUCAUAGCUCAUAGAAGGAGGGAGCGCUGUUCCCCAGCAACCAUCUCCACUCUUCAGCCUUCAUCCCACCUCUAUACCUGGACUUCAGCAAGACCUGCCUGCCUGUACAAAUCACUGUGACAUCACCAGGGAUCAUGGACCAGCAACAUCAAGCUCAGUGCAAUGCAAGUGUAGACACGGGACAGAAAAGACUCACUGACUGUACUGAAAUGACAAAAAACUCCUUGGACUGGACAUCUCUUUCAGAUUACGAGCAGCUGGGUUACAACCUGAGAUCAAAUCUCUUCCAAGGUGGCCCACUGAAGACCCGAAGCUUGAUGAGAGAUUCCUACACCCCUGAUGUAAUUCAGAAGGCAAUCAGAGAUCCCAAUAAUUGGCAUGGAAGGAGGAUUUAUGAGCUAGGGAAAUGGUAUGAGAAAUAUUUCCUCGAUCUUAACGUGCAGAAAGCAAUGAAGGACAAAUACGGGGAUAAAAAAGGCAAGCCUUAGAAGAUGAAGUGCAUUCAGCAAAAGGGAUCUUCUUCCUCAGCCAUCUAAUAAACCUCCAUGUAAAACCUGAACCCAUUGCUUGCUAACUGUCAGCAGCAGGUUUGUUGCUGGUUCUCUCUUGCCCUCUCUAUUAGACUGUCUCCGGGGAGAGCAAUGCAAGAUAAAUCUGAAUAUGCAUGCAAAAAAACCCAAAAUACUUUGUUGACCACUAGUACAGCAGGAAUGAUUAGUGUGUGAGGCACACAUCUUUGCAGAGGGAUGUGGUGGUGAGAGAAGCCCAUACAGAAAUUCAUCUACUCAGCACCUAAGUUGGAGUAGGACCUGUGAGCAGUGUGAGAGGGUAGAAGGGGUGCGUGUGUCUGUGUGAGAAAACUCAUGUUUGCCAGAAGAUUUGUGAUACUUGGACAGCUGCCCCAGCAGUCCAGAGAGAAAUACAGAGGAUACACUGGGAACAAACCAGGGUUGCCCAAGGACCUGAAUGUGAUCUACCUCUCUCACUGAGGGCUAUAAAUCUCCCACACAGGGAAGCUUCAGAUCUCUGUGUACAGAGCAGGUAGACACACCAGAAGAACCAGCUCCCUAUUGAUGCUUCCAAGGUGAAUUCAGGCUUUCUUGCCAGAAGGGCACCAAACCACGUCCACUUAAUAACCUGGGCACGGCUCUGUGUGAUUGGCACCCUAUGAGGGGUAGGCAAGGAGGGUUUUCUGCACACCAUUCUAGUUCUGUUGUUAUAUCUGUCACAUGGAGGAUUUCAGGGAAAGCUUUUGCCCUGGCAGGAAGCAGCAGUAAUGUGUGAAAGCAAAUGGAAAUUCACCUGAGAAGAGGAGGCUUCAGUGCAUUCACUAAAGCCCAUACUAUUUGCAGGCCAAGCAAGUGAAAAACCAAACAACAGCUUAUCCCACCUAAAGGGAAUAGGAAAACUGCAAGAAGCCCAGGACUUUUCCAAUCUGCCAAUCACCCCACAAUGUGCACUGACCCUUACUGAAGCUCUCAUAAGCCCUAGUUGUCCCUGACAGCCCUUUCCCUAACUCAAAUGUCUCUCAGAGAGAAACACGUGUCCACCAUUCAGUCUGUACAACCUAAAAUUCAAGAGUGUAUCUGGACAGUAAGCAAGGACCACCCAAGGGCUUGAAUGAUACAGGACAUGCAAGGUCUUUAGAGCUUCCUGAUGUGUUUUUCUCACAAGUUUAAUGGUCCUUAUUGCAGGAUUCUGCCUUCCAGCUCCAAAGUGUAGCAGUUUGGUGCGGCAAUCACAAAGUACAUUUGUGGGAAUAGCGAUGCCCUGAUCUUUCCCAUCUGGUCCUAAGCUUUCCCCAUUUUAAAAGAUUGAUGCUUUGCUCCCCGAUAUGAACUGUUUUGGGACCGAAUUAGGAUUGUUAUUUCACCGUUGGCUGGUGAUUAGAUAACAGUAUGCUGACUUUGUUAAAGUAGUGAAGGAGGUUAAAAUUUAACUAAUAUUAUAAUCAAGCGAUAAUCAUUUUCCACCAGCAGUAAUUAACCAUUUGGACUUCUGAUAGUUCCAGGCACAUGUCCAAGUCUUUGAAAUUAAGGAGACUGGCCAAAUGGCAGCUUGUAGAAGCCUCCCUGUGGGUUUGCUUUGUACAUAAGUACUAAGUGGCUCCUGCCUGAGCGUACACCCCACUAGCUCCGGCUGAAAAGUGCAGCUCUGUAGGAACAGCCUGUUCUCUGUGUUGCAAUCAGCUCUGAUGGCCAAUGUAACUCCAGGUACAUAAUAAAUGCUGUCUUCUGAGACCACAGCAGGUCCUAAUCCAGAAAACAUGGAGCUGAGCAGAAAUCUAGUGACGUAUUUUGGCACGCUGGAAGCAGGCAGUUCAGGGCACAAGCAGCUAAUACACAACACAUAAUGUGGGAUGAAUCUGCAUGUAGAAUUACAGAUCUAUUUCUACUAGACAUUAAAAAUGCCUAUUAGCCAUUAGAAAUAGACACUAGGGCAGGCAGACUGCAGGAUUAUGAUACAGCUUGAAGUAAAUACCCUUUUGCUGUCUGUGAAGGGCUCAUAAAGAGACUGGAUCAGAAGGAAAAUGGACUGAAAUGUCCUGUUGGUGCACCACUGUGCACAAACUGUGUAUUUCCUCUUGCAGUGGAAAUGAAGUCACUUAGUAUGCUUUUUACAAAUUAAAUAUUUUAUAAGUUCUUAAAUUGUAUAAAAUACUUGGCAUUGUAUAAUGCACUCAAAUGGUGACAGUUGUUUGAUGACAAAUGAACAUACAUGUGGUGAUUCCCCCUUAAUUUUCUUUGCUUUGCCAACUGUUACAGGUCAGCCAGGGACAAACACUUUUAGACAGGUGACACACUAAAAGCUGCAGAGAUAGUUGAGAUGAUAGUUUUCAGUGAGGCAGCACAGCCACUGGGAACAAUCAGUACCUGAAGUCUCUGAGUGCUGAACAGACAAAUUUAGCCAGAACCUUGGUCUGGACCAUUGCCCUGUGUGCACUCUGUGUUGACUACAGUGCUUUAGCUACCUGAACAUGUGUAGUCAAAGCCAGCUUUGGAAUCUCCAAGUGUCAUGCCAUAUGCAGUUAGACAAGAAUAGAGCCAAAAUAAGUGCUCACUGCAGCUGAAAUCUCUCUUCUACCCAUUCUUCUGAUCUCAGCAGUUCAUUCCUUCUUGUUUGCUUUGUGCUGGUGUUGAUGCUUCCCUACCUACCCUGUGAACUGAACCAACUUGAUAAACCACCAGAAAAUCAAUACAGAAGAAAACAAAACAAAACAAAAAUGAAGUUAAUAGGUUAACAAAUGAAAUUUUCUAAGCAAAGACCCUGUUGCAGACAAAGCGAUGCAGAUGUUGGGGAACGGGAGUGGAAAGACAGUGGAGGGGGAAAUGGCCUUUCCCUGCCUUUCUAACGCAGUGAGAAAUUAAUUUGUCUCUGCUAUUUUGUCUCACUGGACUCAGUGCUCUGCAACACAGAUAGCCUAUAUUUAAGUGAUUUUACACGGUCUGAUCAUUGGGUGGCAGCUCUGAGCCAGUGUUUUUAUCUGACAGGGCAGAACUUGGGGAAAAAAAGUGAGAUUUUUCUCUGGUUUAGCUAAGCCGUUCACCAGAAUUGCUAUUUAAGAACUGUUUUGGUCAUCUAUAAACAGUUAAUGCACUUGAAAUAAAGAUAAUUAAACCAUAAAGAUUUGAAACAGAAGGGGUCAAUUGCAUCUAAGCUUCUGCAGCACUCUCCUCAUUACUUUUUCUUGCAGUAGUGACUGUUUCCAAGUUAUGCAUCCCUUCAAUUGAAGCACAGAGUAUUUGGCAGGCUAUCACUUUUAAUAAAGAUUUCCUGUUCUCCAAACAAUAUUU